UCAGAAAAAAAUGACAUCCCUCUCACCAAUUCCUACAUAUGAAGAUCUCAAGAUAAAAAUCCAUGAAUCCUCAUUAGUUUCUCCAUCACAAAAAACACCAAGAAAAUCAAUCUACUUGUCCAACAUUGACCAGAUUCUGAAUUACAACAUCCCAACUGCCCAUUUCUUCAAGAAAAAUCCCGAUUUCCCACAUGAAAAUGUUGCUAAAAAGCUCAAAAUCGCACUUCAAAAAGUGCUGGUUCCUUACGAUUUUAUGGCGGGAAGGAUAGAACUGAACCUCGAAACGGGCAGGCUGGAGGUAGACUGCAAUGGGGCCGGGGUCGGAUUCGUCGUCGCUUCUUCUGAAUUUUCACUAGAGGAGAUGGGGGAUUUUUUGGUCCAUCCGAACUUGGGAUAUAGGCAACUUGCUGUUGAAAAGUUGGAGAAUUUGGGUCAUGAUGUUGAUCAGCCUCUGUGUGUUUUUCAGAUCACAUCAUUCAAGUGUGGUGGAUUUGCAAUAGGCAUGUCUACUAAUCACAUCCUACUCGAUGGCAUGGGCGCCAAGGCAUUCAUGGAAAACCUAGCCUCUCAGGCUUUCGACGACGGCCCGUUGGCCGUUGUCCCUUGCAACGAUCGCCGCCUCCUCGCCGCCAGAUCUCCACCUAAAGUGGUGUUCCCCCACCACGAAUACCUAGCUCUUAAUCACCCAACCGGAGAAUGCUCUGGCCCACCUGUGUACGAUUGUGAACGAGAAAAAUUAAAUUUUCGUAUUUUCAAAUUGAGCCCUACUAACAUAUAUAACAUGAAAGUCCAUGCGAAAAACACAACUAAUCAAAAUGCAAAAAUUAGCACCUUUAAGGUCGCAGCGGCGCUUAUGUGGCGGUGCCAUGCCUUCUCGGGUGACAUAGGGCAUGAAAAGGAAGAAAAGUCAACUAUUUUGACUUCUAUCAACUUAAGGUCAAGGGUAAUCCCGAAUCUGCCAUCUUCAUAUAGUGGCAAUGGAGUGUUGCCAAUAGGGAUUUCAACGACAUUCGAGGAUCUUGAAAAAGGGCCUUUUUCACGAUUAGUGGAGCUCAUCUCGAAUAGGCUAGAUGAUAUGACCGAAGAAUAUGCCAAAUCGGCUUUUGAUUGGCUUGAGGUGCACCGUGGGCUUCCCCACGGGGAUUAUCUUAUAGCGUCGUGGAUAGGGUUAGGGUUUGAUGAAGUCGAGUACCCGUGGGGGAAGCCAAUUUAUUGCUGCCCUGUUGUGAACCAUAGGAAGGAUAUAUGUUGGGUCUUCCGUGACGCGAUCGACGACGGGGUUGCCGUGAUGGUGGCGUUGCCGGCGGAGGAGAUGGUGCGAUUUGAGGCACUCUUCUAUGAAUUCUUUCGAUGAUUUGAAAGGAAAUUGAUGCGAUGUCGUUUGUAAUUGUUUAUGGUUUGUGUCUUUUUUAUGUCUUUGUGAUAUUUGUUAUUGUUUUGUAACAUAGAAAAUGGUACAAUUUUUUAAGGAAUUAUUAUU